UGAGACGCCAGGGGGCCCUAAGGCAGCCACCGGAGACUCCCAAGAGGACGAGUUUGUGUGACUCUGGGGGCCAUGAGCAGGAGCGUGGCUACCACCAGGCCAUUGUCCUGCUUCUGGGAGUUGGGGAAGAGCAUCGUGUGUGUGAGCAAGAAUCUCAAGGACCUCAGGGAGAUGCGGAGCCCAGUGCUGAGUGAGCCAGAGCUCUUCUCAAAGCCUGCACUGCGUAGGCUUGGCUAUGCCCUAUGUCUGGACAUGACCGCCAGAUAUGUGUAGGACAAUUUCAAGAAGAAGGGGCUUCCCUGGACUCUGACCAAGAGCUCCAUGGCCUCCUGCCCCAUCAGGUUCCUGCCCAAAGAGAAGAUCUUUGACCCUCAUAACCUACAACACUGGUUCAAGGUCAGUGGGGAACUCCGACAGGAGGGUGAGACAUCCUCCAUGAUUUCCAUCCCCUGUGUCAUCAGCUAUGUUUCUAAGAUAAUGACCUUGGCGGAAGGAAAUAUCAUCUUGACUGGGACACCAAAGAGAGAGGGACUCAUUGAAGAAAAUGAUGCAGUCCAGGCAUCAUUUGACAUAUAGGGAGUUGUCAAUAUGAGAUUUAAGGUAGAAAAGCCAGAAUAGUGAGUCUAUGCUAAGCAUCCUAACUUCUUUUUUGUCUUUUUAGGGUCACAUCCAAGGCAUAUGGAGGUUCACAGGCUAGGGGAUGAAUCAGAGCUGAAGCCGCCGGC